AUGCUAAAUAAAGCAUUAACUUAUUGUCUUUAGGAUGAUGAUCCAAUCAGAAUUUCUGAAUUAAUUGGUGUUCGAGAAUAUCAAAAAUAACCAAAACUAAUUCAGAACGCCUUUGUGACCUCUUCAGAUUUGAAAUAGAUGAUACAUAACCAAAAGAGAGAGAACAGUGUUCAAUCACAUAGAAAAAUUUAACAUUUUGAUGCUGACUUAAAACCAAUCAAUAGAACAUUCGAUUUUAGAUUACCAUUGAACCUUAAUCCUUGCCGAAAAUACAUGAAUGUGAAAUAUGUUCCAGAACCUACAAAACCUAGUCAACCAAAACUUUACUUUGGAAUCAAGCAUUAAUAAUUUAAAGUAAAAAUAUACUUAUAAUGAAUUUUAGAUAAAAAUCAAAAUGCAAGGUAAACGAUUGGAGGACAUGUUCUGA